ACAAAAACAUUCAUCCAAAUAAUUUAUUUGUCUGAAUACUCUCUGAGGAACUUCGAGAGAACUGUAGAUACAGCUCAAGAAUUUUAGCAGCUGUGGACGUGGAGGUUCGAAGGAGGGAGUUCCUACUGUGACAAGAAUAAUUGUAUAAUCUACGGGCAGGAUAGAUCUGUGAAUUUCAAUUUGUCAAUGUCAUAGAAGCACAACUGUCAAGGAAAAUCCUGAGACAUUUAUUUCAACUAAUUCUCCAGAAGGUCAUACAUUAAAACGAACAAUAUGUAUCAUUGUGGAAUGCGUCAAGUUGGAGAAAGGCAUGUUGCCUACAAAGUUGACUUGAUGGUUUGGAGCAACCGGCUCGAUCUUCUAGCUCUAAGCAAUUUUAAAGGUGAAGUCCAGAUACACAGACUGCACUGGCAAAAAGUUUGGAACUUGCCACCUCCUAAAGAGAAUGUAACUGUUCAAGCAAUGGCUUGGAGGCCAGAUGGGAAGGCAUUGGCCAUUGGAUACAGUUCAGGGGUAGUAUACAUUGUGGAUAUAGAAGAUAAGGAAAUAGUGGACAAGUAUGAAGACCUCACGGAUGAAUUUGAUAACUCAAAACAGUUUGGUAUCACAUGCAUUACGUGGGCAGUUAGAGCUGACACACUGGAAAGUGCCAUAGACCCCAAUGUAUAUGAUGAUGCUUCAAUAUUUUUGCAAAACUUACCUUCUACUGGUGAAUACAAAAGUCAAGGAUCUGAUGAAAAUAUGAAAGAUUUCAAAGAAGUUCAAGCCCCAAACCAAUUAAAUAUGUUAAUGGUGGGUUAUGGAACUGGGUAUAUUUACAUGAAUAUAUUUGGAAGAUAUCCUUAUGGCACAAUACAUCUUGCUCAAGUUACUAAAGAUGAGUUUGGAGAGUACAAAGUACUUGAUAUCUGUAUGUCUGAUGACUUUAGUUUGAUGCAAGUUCUCUAUAUUGAUAGAGUAACCAAUAAUCUCCUGAUGUCACUUGUAAACACAAGUGUGUUAUCAGCAUUUGCUGAAGAGAUGUAUAUUGUAGCUAAGAAGCACAGUGAAAUUGUGAGAUUAACUUCUUACUUAGACCAGACUAUGAUCUCUAUUACUGAAUCUUGGGAGCAUAUUUUACUAGAAAUGGAUACUAAAAUGGCUGAGUAUGCUGCAUCAGUCCCUGAGGGCGGGGUUUCAGCUGAUUUGUUGGAGCUACUCAUGUUAGGAACCCCGUCAGAUGAGUUAGAACUAUGCCUGCUGCAGAAACUGACUGUAAAUGAUUUGAAAAAGUUUGGUAAUUCCAUUGAGUUGAGCUACUCAACCAUACAGAAAUUGGUUCUCAAGCAACUUAACAUUGUUGGACAAAGUCUGACUUAUUACCUCUCUGAACUGAGGGGAUUGACAAGGAUACCAGAUAGGUAUAAGGUUCUGGGUAUAGAAGAAAACACAGUGACUGAAGCAAUAAGAGCCUGUUGUGCUUUCCUCAACAAAUGUCUAGAAUUACAACAGGUCAUUGAUACUUCAAUGCGCAAUUACAAAGCAUUUUUCAGAUGGCUGUUUGUUGUCAUAGUCCGAUUACUUGGAGAACAAACUUCUACUGAAAUAGUGAAAAUCACGCAACAGGAACUUGGCCACAUUGCUGAAUUUCUAUAUAACUUUGAUAAUGUACAAGUUGAUAGUGGUGAAGGUUUACCAGAAAAACCUGUCAAAUUCAACUUGGAGAGGCUGGGACAAUAUUUGGAAGACCAAGAGCUGACCAUAUUACCUGAUGAUGAUGACAAUCCAUGGCAUAAAUUCCUCAAAGAUAAUGCAUGUCUACUAAAGGACAAUGACACAAUAUUUUCUCUAGCAGAGUUCAAGAAGUUCUCUCUUGUACAACAGCAAAAGCAUUUGAAAAAUGCAAUAAGCCAGGUGUUUGAUGUUUCCAAAAAAGAAACUAGUAAAUAUUUUUCUGCAAUAUAUAACAUAAAAUGUUAUGAAGACAAAUCAAAUGGGAAGUUGAUGGAAAAUUUGAGGAUAUGUCAAGCUUUCUAUGGUUCUGAAAACAGUUUCAUGAUGGCAUUCACAGAUUCUACAAAUCUAGAAGAUGGUAUACAUUAUAUGACUGUAAAAAUUAAGGAAAAGCCAGGCUCAGUGACAGCAAUGAAAUAUAGUUUUUCAACUAUCAUAUUAGGUGAUAAGAAACCAAAUGAUGAGAUGAUUCCUGUACUGGAUUUACAAUUCUAUUCUUCUGAAUACUUAUCUGUCUUGACACAACAUCCUCGUAUGGAAGAAAGUUCUAUAUUUAUCCAAGUACCAGUAGGAAUUAUUCAAAUAAAUGCUACUGAAUGCAGUUUGAAACCAAAAAUGUUUUUGUUCAAUGAGAAAGUGAACAAAAAGAAUAUUUCACCUUUGAUAGAACCUGGAGUUUUCAAGGUUUUAGAUAAAAUGGAUGGAUACCGAAUAGCUGUUUCAGGAGGUCGUAAGGUGGCAGUGGUAUUGUCCAAAAGUCUCAGAAAAGUACGCGUUUUUGAAAUGGAGAUUGAUGGAGAUGACGAGGAAGAUGAGACUCUGGAUACAACAACUCAAUCUCAGAGCACUAAUGAUCAAUCCACAUCUGAAAAACAAAACACAUCAGCAGCUGCUGAUGUUACCUUCUAAGAACAUUAUAAUUAGUAUU